AUGAAACAAGAAGAUGAAAGCAACAUAGACAAACCAUUUGGCGGUAAAGUUGUAGUUCUUGGUGGUGACUUCAGACAAAUUCUUCCAGUCAUUCCAAAAGGUGGAAGACAAGGCAUUGUAUCUGCUACAGUAAAUUCUUCUAAUCUUUGGAAAUACUGUAAAUUUUUAAAGCUCACUAAAAACAUGAGAUUACGCACAACAGGUUCACCAGAGCUUGCAACAGAAAUUAAUGAAUUUGCUGACUGGAUUCUCAAAAUCGGAGAUGGUGAUUUCGAAUCAAAUGAGCGCGGUGAAUCAGAUAUUGAAAUUCCUGAAGAUCUUUUGAUACAGGAUAGUGAAAAUCCACUUCUUGACCUGGUUGAUUUUGCAUAUCCCAAUUUGGUGCAGAACAUGAAGACUGAGAAGUUUUUUGAAGAACGAUGCAUAUUGUGUCCUACAUUGGAAUGUGUUGAGAAGGUUAAUUAUUUUAUGCUUGAUUUACUACCAGGAAUACCAAAUCACAAAAUUAUAUUGAAGGAAGGUGCUCUGAUAAUGCUAUUGAGAAAUACAAAUCAAGCAGCCGGUUUAUGCAAUGGAACGCGGCUAAUAGUGGUUGAUCUUGGAACAAAUGUUAUAAAGGUCACAAUAAUAACAUGA